GGCGGCGGGGGCGGGGCAGGAAGUGACCGGGGCCGCCCCGCGCCUGCGCGGCUCCGGGGCGGGGGCACCGGCAGGGGGGCACCGGGCACCCCAAGGCCGGGGCACCGGGGGUACGGUCCCCUGGACAGCGUCAGUGGGUGGCACAGAGGGGACAGCGGCGGGUGGCACGGGGGCAAUGGCAGCGAAUGGCACGGGGGCGCUGUCACCGCCACCAGUGUGGCCCCUCCGUGUCACCCCGGGGUGACACAGCAGCCAGGGUCGCCCCCCGGGCCGGCCUUUCCCUGCUCUCAUUCUGGGGGUCCCUCCCCUCUGAAGCCCCCUGUGGCACCCCCGCCCAGUCGUGUCUUGGGGACACGCCACCCGUCCCCAUCCUGGGGGGACAGUAAAUGGACCCACCUUAGAGGUGGGGGGAGCUCGGGGACAGGUGCCAGGUGGGGGGACACAGUGGUGGCCUCGCGGUGUCACCGCUGGGGAUGUGGGUUGCACUGGGGACACUUUGCGGUGUCACCGCAGGGAGCACGGGGCGAUGCUGGGGACCCUGCUGGCUGUGGGGUGUCACCUCUGGACUCGGGGUCCCUCGGUGUGACCCCGGGACGCGGGUGGGGACCUGUCCGGUGGCCGCGUGGCUGUGCCCGGGGGCCGGUGGCUGUUUCGUGCCAUUAAUCACCGCUAAUUGGCUUUGCCCGGGCGGGGGGAGUUUGGGGGGGUCACGGGGGGUGUAAGAGGAUUUCCCUGCUCCUUCCUCCGGCUCGGCCAUCCCGGGGUCCUGCUCCCUGCCCGCCCGCUGCCCGCCCGGCCCCAGCCCCAUGCCACGCUCCCGCGGGGACAAGGGGACCCCCAAGGACACGGAGCCCCCGCAGAAGGGGAAAGGGGGGCACGAGGAGGGCGAGAAAGCCCCCAAAGCCCCCGAGGACGUCGGUGCCCUGGCCCCCAAGAAUUCCAGCUCCGAGUCCCGGCACGGCGGGCACGGGCAGAAGAGUGGGAAGAAGGCUCCCGUGGACCCCCACGCUGCUGCCACCAAGACCUACUCCCCCUUCCUCAACACCGUCUUUGGCAAGGAGCGGGAGCUGUCACCGGAGGAGCUGGAUGAGCUGCUGGAUGCCUUCAAGGAGUUCGACACGGACCAGGAUGGCUACAUCAGCUACAAGGACCUGGGCGCCUGCAUGCGCACGCUGGGCUACAUGCCCACCGAGAUGGAGCUCAUCGAGAUCUCCCAGCACAUCAAGAUGAGGAAUGAUGGGCCCCAAGCUGCGGGAGGAGACGGCGCACAUGGUGGGCGUGAGGGAGCUCAAGAUCGCCUUCCGCGAGUUCGACAUGAACGGGGACGGGGAGAUCAGCACGGCCGAGAUGCGCGAGGCCAUCGCGGCGCUGCUCGGGGAGCAGCUGAAGGCGCAGGAGGUGGACGAGAUCCUGCAGGACGUGGAUCUCAACGGGGACGGCCAUGUGGACUUCGACGAGUUCGUGAUGAUGCUGUCGUCCCGGUAACGGAGACACCGGGCAGGGGGGCACCCCCGGAUGGCCCCCCCAGCCCGUCCCCAGCCCCUCCCUGCCCGGCCAGCCGGCCCGAGGGCUCUGCCAGCACCAGGGUGCAGAGGGGACAGCUGGAACGGGGCAGACGCGACACCCCCGAGGCCAGAGCCAGCGGCCCAAUAAACGCUUUGGCCGGAGCUGCAGGAACCUGUCUGCUGGUUGUGGGGAGGGACGGGGGGCCAGCGUCCCCCCCGCCACCCGAGCCACCCCGGGGUGGGGACAGCGGGGUCCCGCGCAGGACAAGGGGUGGGCGCUGCCGGGGGGCGUGGCUGCAGGGCCACACCGUGCCCUCCCAUUGGCUGGAUCUGACCCGCUGCGAUCGCCCAGCCAAUCAGCACGCUCCAAUUCAAGAUGGGCGGGAAAAUUCAAGCCCUCCCGGAGCUGUCACUCAAACCAACUGGCCAAUCAGGGCGAGGUAGGGCACAGGUUUGGCCAAUCAGCAUGCGCUUCUCAUGCCAGCUGGCCAAUCAGAGGCCACGUAACAUGGGGUGGGGAGGGCAUGGGGGCACCUGUGCCACUCGCAGGGGGUCCCCACGAUCCCUGGGGACAUCCCCGCCCUUGGAAGUGCCCUCAGGGGGUCCCAGGGCCACUCGGGACCGCCCUCCUUGGAUGCUCCCCCCCAGACCAGGUGACCCCCUGGGCCAAAAUAGGUCCCCGGGAAGAGUCAAGGGUCCCUCAAAGUCACCCAGGGUAUCCCCAGCACCCCAAAUCCGGUGGGAAACACAGCAGGACACAGGAGACACCCCUCAAUCCCCCCCACCAGGGCAGCAGAACCUGGGGAGAGGACAAGGUGGCUCCUGGAGAAUCCCAGGAAUGGGGUUCAAGUCCCUGUUUGGGUGCUGCCACCCAGAUCCCUACAGGAGUAGGGGGUGCCCCCAAAACCAGUUGCAGAAAGGGACUGGACUCUCCCCCUAUCCCACAGAGCAGGCGCAGGGUUGGGGCAUUCACAGAUUUUAAUUUAGUUCUUUUUUCUGGAGACAAAAAAAAACCAACCCAAAAAAAGGAAAAAUAAAAUAAAAAGGCAUCAAACGCCCCCAAUUUCAGAUUCGGGGGUGCAGAGACUCCCCCCACGGUGCAUCUCCCCACCCC